UCAGUGGCAGCUCCCCCGCUCCUCUUCUCUACUCAUUUUCCUCAUCUGGUCGUACUCUCUCUCCCAAAAUUUCCCAGCCCUGAUCCUCACUGCAUCUUCGCCGGCGGACCUCCUCCAUGUCGUUUUCUUUCCCGUUGUUGCCCCCUUGACAUCCUAGACACCCUGCUCCUCUUUUCCUUUCUUCUAGAUUCCAGUCGUCCUGUCGCCGUCGCACCUCUUUUCCUCUCUUCUAGAUUCCAUUCGGCCUCUCGCCCUCGCUCCUCCACGCCGCUUCAUCUAUUCUUCUUAUGCCUUGGUUUAUGUGCUCUUCUUAAAUGAAAUCGAUAUUGGUCAGGUAACAAAGCAAAGGAGAGGAAAUGGGAGACGGAUCUAAAGUUGGAAACAUGCCAAGGAAAACGCUUGCUGAUAUUAGUAACUUGCCACAGCAAAACCAAGAUAAGAGAGCUGAAUCCGUUUCAGUUAGUACUAAAGAUUACAUUAACAAGCUCCAUCAGGAAAAUCUCUCACUGGUGAAGCUUCUUGCAGAUAGAAAUAAAAUCAUUCAAACACAUGCAUUCCAGUUACAAAAACUGAAAACAGAAUGUCAACAAGUGCAGCAAAAGAAUCUCCAGCUUGCCCAAUCAAACAGUCAGAUGUUGGCGGAACUAAAUUCAAGUAAAGAUAGGCUUAAGGUGCUUCAACAUGAGCUGGGAUGCAAAAAUGGCUUGCUUAAAGCAAGGGAAUUAAAAUCUGAGGACAAAGCAAACAUAGUGAGAUGCCCGAUUUAUGGAACUGAGGUCGAAACCAUCAAACAUGACAAUGUUGGGCAAUUCUGCCUAGCAGACAACAGGGGCAAUGAACCUUGUAAUAAAAAGAGGAGGCGACAAUCCAAAUCUCUGGAUCCUACUACUGUUAAACCAGUCCAACUUAAAGAGAAGAUCGAUAAGAAGAGGCAUUCUGCUAGAUUUAGAGCUGGGAAACAAGAAACAACUGAUGAUGUGUUAGAGAUAAGUGAGAAUCCUAUUGGAGAACCUGUCCAAGCUGAGAAAAAGGUCAAUAAUAAGAGGCUUUGCUCAAGAAGGCAAUCUGCUAGUUUUAAACCUGGGGAACAAGAAUCAACUGAUGAUAUGUUUGAUAUAAAUGGUGCUUUGGGCUCUACUACAGUUACACCAGUUCAAACUGAGAUGAAGGUCGAUAACAAGAGGAAUGCUGUCAACAGGCAUGGUUCAAGAAGGCAAUCCGCUAGGUUUAAGCCUGGGAAACAAGAAUCAACUGAUGAUAUGUUUGAGAUAAAUGGUGCUUUGGGUUCUACUACAGUUACACCUGUCCAAACUGAGAUGAAGGUCGAUAACAAGAGGCAUGGUUCAAGAAGGCAAUCUGCAAGGUUUAAAUGUGGAGAACAAGUACAAGAACCAACAGAAGGCUUAUUUGAGAAAGAUGAUUCUAAAUUUCCUAUUUCUAACCUGCAUGAAUGUGGUCCAACAUCAUCAUUCUCAUCAUUGAAAGUUGAAACUGAAGAGGCACAUAGCGACCUUGGAUCUGAAGCUCAAGAAUUACAAACGUCAUCCGUUCGACCCAAGCGUCAAGCCACUGAGAAGGUUCAAUCCUACAAGGAAAUUCCACUUAAUGUCAAGAUGCGCAGACCUAAUUGAGUAGAAAUUCUUUCUCAAACUAACAUUUCAUUUUUGUUGGGGAAUUUCUUCAUGCUGCCAUUUUUAUGCGUCUUCAAUGCCUUCACUUGAAAAGAUCUCUCAUGGAAGCAUGCUGCUAAUCACUGUAAAAUUUCAAGCUAUUGUAUUUUCUUUUAUCAUGUGUGGCUGAUGAUUUAGAAGUACAGAAAGUCAAUCUAGGUUUACUAUUGAAUUUCCAAUGAAUGUUGAAAUUCGCUAUGGCAUCAUCUAUUGUUUUC